GGCGCCGAGCUCGCGGCGGGAGAUUCGCGGGGCGCGGAGCGCGGCAGGGCUGCCAUGGAGCGGCUGCGGGACGUGCGGGCGCGGCUGCAGGCUUGGGAGCGCGCGUUCCGGCGGCGGCGCGGGCGGCGGCCGGGCCAGGAGGACGUGGAGGCGGCGCCCGAGGAGACCCGCGCGCUCUACCGGGAGUACCGCGCCCUGAAAGAGGCCCUGGGCCAGGCCAGUGGUGUCAGACCCGAGCAGUCGCUUCCCGCGGUGGCCGAGAAGGCGUUAGAGCCCAGCUGCUGGGGGUCCCACCUGAACCGGGCUGCGACCCAAAGCCCCCAUCCGACUCCAGGGCCAAGCCCUCAGGCUUCUGUUCAGGACUAUGGGAAGAGGCUUAAGGCCAACCUAAAGGGCGCCCUGCAGGCUGGGCCAGCCCUGGGCCACACACGCCGGCCUCCACGAAGACCCUCAUCCAAGAUGCUCUCCUCAGGACUGCCUGCUGCGGGGGCUGCCCUCAUCGCUCCAGAGGAAGUCAGUGAGGUGCCCCCACAGGCUCUCAAGCCCCAGCUGAGGCCAGGCCGGCUCCAGCAGCUACGGGCCUCCCUGAGCCUGCGGCUGAACUCCCUAGACCCUGGCUGGCUGCAGAGGUGUCACAAUGAGGCCCCAGACUUUCAGGGGGCUCCCGAGGCCUGCCACCCUGGCCUGGAUACAGACUUGUCACAGCCUCUGACUUUAAGUGUCCCAUCCGUUGGUCCCAGCACUGGCCCUGAGGCACCUUUACCAGCCCCAGAGGCUCCAACCCUACAGGCAGUCAGAGUCAGUGCAGGGAGCCCCCAGCCUAGCAACACUCGAGGCAAGAAGCGGAGGCGGAGUGAGGAGCCAGGGGGAAGCCCUGCACAGGCCCAGCAGGACAGCAGCCAACCAGAACUCCCACCAGAAGGAGCUGGGGCUACAGCACAUGCAGAAGGCUGUCUAGGGGAGCCCGUGCAGGCACAGCUGCCCAGCAUCCCAGCGGCCCCCAGGCCAGCCAUCCAGGACAGGGGUAAUUAUGUGCGGCUCAACCUGAAGCAGAAACGCUAUGCACGGGGCCCAGCCCUGCGUGGCAGGCUCCUCCGUAAGCAGGUGUGGAAGCAGAAGUGGCAGAAGAAAGGAGAGCGUUUUGGGGGUGGUAAACUCAGAGCCACAGUCAAGGAUUCUUGCUUUUGGUGUGGGCAGCUUGGCCACUGGGCAUCCCAGUGCACCCACCCAGAACCCACCCUGGCUUCCCAGAAGGAAGGUGGUGAGGACGAGGGGGACACACAGACCCUCCCCACAUUGGAGGAAGUAGCCCAGCAGCCCGGCACUGCCUACUGCCAACUCCCUGCAGGUAAGGAAGAUACAGAGCCUGCUGGGCCUGAGCUGCUGGCACCCACGCAGCAGCCUGUGCCCAGGGCCCCUUCCCCACCCCCCACCAUGCCACCACUCUAUCUGCGGGAGCCCUCUGGGCAGGUGGCAGAGACACCGGCUGAGGUGUUCCAGGCCCUAGAGCAGCUGGGGUACCAAGCCUUCCGUCCCGGGCAGGAGCAGGCAGUCAUGCGGAUCCUGUCUGGCAUGUCUACACUGCUGGUGCUGCCCACAGGCGCCGGCAAGUCCCUGUGCUACCAGCUCCCUGCACUGCUCUAUGCCCGGCGAAGCCCCUGCCUCACGCUGGUCAUCUCUCCCCUCCUGUCACUCAUGGACGACCAGGUGUCUGGCUUGCCCCCAGGCCUGAAGGCGACCUGCAUUCACUCAGGCAUGACCAGGAAGCAGCGGGACACUGCCCUGCGGAAGGUCCGGGCAGCCCAGGUACAUGUGCUGAUGUUGUCGCCUGAGGCGCUGGCUGGAGCUGGGGAAGGGGGCCCUGCCUGCCUCACUCAGCUGCCCCCGGUUGCCUUUGCCUGCAUCGACGAGGCCCACUGCCUCUCUCAGUGGUCCCACAACUUCCGACCCUGUUACCUGCGAGUCUGCAAGGUGCUGCGGGAACGCAUGGGCGUGCACUGUUUCCUGGGUCUCACGGCCACAGCCACCCGCAGCACUGCCCGCGAUGUGGCUUGGCACCUGGGCGUGGCUGAGGAGGCUGUCCUCAGGGGACCAGUCACCAUCCCUGCCAACCUGCACCUCUCUGUGUCCAUGGACAGGGACCCAGACCAGGCUUUGGUGACACUGCUGCAGAGUGAGCGUUUUCGUGCCCUGGACUCUGUCAUCGUCUACUGUAACAGGCGAGAGGACACCGAGCGAGUUGCUGCGCUGCUCCGCACCUGCCUGCGUGAGGCCUGGGCCCCAGGGCCCGGAGGCCGAGCCCCAGAGGCCGUGGCUGAAGCCUACCACGCUGGCAUGUGCAGCCGGGAGCGGCGGCGCGUGCAGCGGGCCUUCAUGGAGGGCCAGCUGCGGGUGGUGGUGGCCACGGUGGCCUUUGGGAUGGGGCUGGACCGGCCAGAUGUGCGGGCCGUGCUGCAUCUAGGGCUGCCCCCAAGCUUCGAGAGCUACGUGCAGGCUGUGGGCCGGGCGGGCCGCGACGGGCAGCCUGCACACUGCCACCUCUUUCUGCAGGCCCAGGGUGAGGACCUGCGGGAGCUGCGCAGACACGUGCACGCCAAGACCACUGAUUUCUGUGCCGUGAAGAAGCUGGUGCAGCGUGCAUUCCCACCCUGCACCUGCUCCCACACCCAGCGGUCCCCGGAAGAGGAGGGAGACCACAGCCAGGAAAGGGGCUUGGCCAGGGCCCCUGUGACCAUGUGCCCACGGGAGGCUGAGCAACCCAGCAGUGAGCACACAGCCCGGUGCCCAGGCCACAAGCGGGCACUCCCAGUGCAGCCGACAGUGCAGGCCCUGGACAUGCCAGAGGAGGCCAUCGAGACCUUGCUGUGCUACCUGGAGCUGCACCCGCAGCACUGGCUAGAGUUGCUGGCACCUACCUAUGCCCAUUGCCACCUGCGCUGCCCUGGGGGCCCCACCCAGCUCCAAGCCUUGACCCACAGGUGUCCCCCGCUGGCUGUGUGCUUGGCCCAGCAGCCCCCUGAGAACACAGGUCAGGGAAGCAGCUCUGUGGAGUUUGAUGUGGUCCAGCUGGCAGACUCAAUGGGCUGGGAGCUGGUCCCUGUGCGACGGGCUCUCCACCAGCUGCAGUGGGACCCAGAGCCUAAGACAGGUGCACCUCGGGGCACGGGGGUGCUGGUGGAGUUCAGGGAGCUGGCCUUCCACCUGCACAGCCCCGGGGAUCUGACAGCCCAGGAGAAGGACCAGAUCUGUGACUUCCUCUAUAGCCGCGUGCAGGACCGAGAGCGGGAGGCCCUGGCCUGUCUGCACCACACAUUCCGAGCCUUUCACAGUGUAGCCUUCCCCAGCUGUGGGCCGUGCCUGGAGCAGCCAGAUGAGGAGCGCAGUGCCAGGCUCAAGGCCGUGCUCAGCCACUACUUUGAGGAAGAGGGAGGAGAAGGGCCACGAGGCACGGAGGCCGAGCAGGGGCCAGAGCCGGGGCUGGCCAGGCUCCAGGACUGGGAGGACCAGACCCGCCGGGAUAUCCGCCACCUCCUCUCCUCGUGGCCAGAGCAGCAGUUCUCAGGCAGGGCUGUGGCCCGCAUCUUCCACGGCAUCGGAAGCCCUUGCUAUCCUGCCCAGGUAUAUGGGCGGGACCGGCGCUUCUGGAGAAAGUACCUGCACCUGAGCUUCCAUGCCUUGGCGCACCUGGCCACAGAGGAGAUCCUGCUGUGGGGCCGCUGACUGCCCUGCAGAGGGAGGGCCCUGGUCCCCCCACAUCACAGAUGCAGGCAUGAGCUGAACUGUAUGACCACUGGGUGGAAGGUUCUGGUGCGGCAGCUUAUCAAGGGAAAGGCAAGACGACAUCAGUGGUCAGGUCGGUGACUGACCACCCCAGAUAAAGCCCACUGCCAGGAGUGUGGGGGCAAGGGGACCCUAAAAGGCAGAAUAAAAGAUGUUCAAGUCA